UGAUAAGGUAUUUAUUUCAUCACCUUAUAAUUCCGUCCCUGUUCACACUUUGACCUGUAGAGAUUCCAAUAAAUUCAUGUAUAUAAAGAAUCCUAAAUAGGCUGUGAGAGAAUCUUCUAUUCACAUCAUUUUACACUUUUGCGGUCAAUAGAGACUCCAUACAUACCUUCAUUUGUCACUUGAUAAGUGCAGUUACAAAGAAGCAGCCAUGACUAAUGCUAUUUCAAGUAGAAGUCCAAGUCCUACAAGGCUUGAGGGGAAAUUUAUGGGUAUUUUUGUUUGUUGGAUUUUGGGACUUGGGUCACUUGUUUCUUGGAACAGUUUAUUGAGCAUAGGAGAUUACUACUAUGCAUUGUUUCCAGAUUAUCAUCCUUCAAGGGUACUCACACUAGUGUAUCAGCCAUUUGCACUUGGAACAAUGGCAAUUCUUGCGUAUAAUGAGGCAAAAGUUGAUACAAGAAAGCGCAACUUAGCUGGAUAUAUUCUUUUUACCUUAAGUACAGUCGCACUUAUAGUGUUGGAUUUGGCAACGUCCGGUACGGGUGGAAUAGGAAAUUACAUUGGUAUAUGUUUCAUAGUAGGAUGUUUUGGAGUUGCAGAUGCUCAUGUUCAAGGUGGAAUGGUUGGAGAUUUAGCUUUCAUGUGCCCUGAGUUUAUGCAAUCGUUUUUUGGUGGUCUUGCUGCAUCUGGUGCACUUACCUCUGGUUUAAGGCUAAUAACCAAGGCAGCUUUUGGAAACAGUAACCAUGGCUUUCGCAAAGGAGUUAUGUUAUUUCUUGCCAUCUCCGCAUUCUUUGAAUUCCUAUGCAUCCUUCUAUAUGCAUUCAUAUUCCCUAAGCUACCAAUUGUGAAGCACUACCGUUCAAAGGCAGCUGCAGAAGGAUCAACAACUGUUGCAGCUGACUUAGCUGCUGCAGGCAUUGGAAUUCAACCGAUGGAAAAAGCUAAUAACGAUGCUAAGCAAUCAGAACGUCUGACCACCAAACAAUUGCUUCUCAAGAACAUUGAUUAUGAAUUGAACUUGUAUUUGAUUUAUGUCCUCACUUUAUCAAUUUUCCCCGGAUUCUUGUAUGAAAACACUGGUACCCACCAACUGGGAUCAUGGUAUCCUCUAGUUCUGAUAGCAAUGUACAAUGUUUGGGAUCUGAUAGGAAGAUACGUUCCACUGAUUAAGAAAAUCGAGCUUAAAUCACGAAAGGGCCUCAUGAUCGCGACCCUUUCUCGUUUCUUGUUGAUUCCUUGCUUCUAUUUCACUGCAAAAUAUGGUGAUCAAGGCUGGAUGAUAUUUCUCGUAUCCUUCUUGGGACUCACAAAUGGUUACCUCACUGUUUGUGUCAUGACAGCUGCACCUAAAGGAUACAAGGGUCCUGAGGCAAAUGCAUUGGGUAACUUGCUAGUGUUAUUCCUACUAGCUGGAAUAUUUUCCGGUGUUGCUUUAGAUUGGUUGUGGAUUAUUGGUAAUGGAAAAUUCUGAGGAGUACUCAAGAUUGGUAUGUGACAGAACAAUAGAUAACAUGUCAUUUUAGUUGGGGAUGAACAUAUAGUUCUGGUUUCAAA